AUGAAAUUCCUGCUUGUCGUCGUUGGCCUGGCCCUGGCUGUCGCAGCUGAGGAGAAAAUCUUCUCCGACUACCACGAGGAGAUCGGUAUUGCAGAAGCUGCACGCAUCAAGCUCGCCGAGGAGGCUCAGGACUUCGACGGCUCCAGGAUCACUGGAGGGCAAGCGUCUUCUCUCGGCGCACACCCUCACUUGGGUGGUCUGGUCAUCACUUUGACUGACGGCAGACAGUCAGUUUGCGGAUCUUCUCUUCUUACCAACACCAGGGCGGUGACCGCCGCUCAUUGCUGGAGGCAUGGUAGAACCCAAGCUCGUCUAUUUACCCUCGUCCUAGGCUCUCUCCGUCUCUUCUCCGGUGGUGUUCGUGUGAACACCAACAACGUCCAAGUUCACGCCAGCUACAACGAGAAUACCCUUAACAACGAUGUUGCCAUUAUAAUUAUGGGACACGUUACGUUCACCAACAAUAUUCAACGCAUCAACCUCGCCAGUGGCAGUAACAACUACGUCGGUACCUGGGCCACAGCCGCCGGAUUCGGUAGAACCGGUGACAAUGUUGGCAUCAGCAACAGCCAGUCAAAACGUCACGUUAACUUGCAAGUAAUCACCAACGCCGUGUGCGCCAACACUUUCGGAUCUAGUGUCAUUGUCGCUUCCACCCUGUGUGUCGCCACCCCUAACGGUCAGAGCACCUGCGGCGGUGACUCCGGUGGUCCUCUCGCUAUCGGUAGAGGCAGCAGUGGCACUCUGAUCGGUAUCACCUCCUUCGGCUCUGUCGCCGGCUGCACGCGAGGCUUCCCCGCCGGUUUCGCCAGAGUGACCUCAUUCAACUCCUGGAUUCGCGCCCGCCUUUAAACGUCUACUCUUUAUUGUCAA